CCGCCACCCGGGGCGCCUGUGUUCCGUCGUUUAUACACGAUCGCAUUACAGACACUUGCAAUCUCGCAACACAAGUGCAUAACAUCGCUGUUAUAGCGUUAUUUUCGGAGAGUGCCACUAUUUUUAACGUGCAACAAGAUAGUGUGCAUCCUGGCUCGUCCUUCUCGCAAAUGUUCUCUUGGAUCAUCUGUAGAAGGAGAUAUAAACAUAGCACUCCGAAGCGAGAAGAGUACGUGGCGCUGGCUCAGAGCCAACCUCCACACGCGUGCUGAUGACACAAUAAAUUGUGAUGCUGACACGUACAGGUCCCUACAGAAAACUGCGUCCUAGAGGACGACGAAGGACGUUGUAGUUAAAGUAUAUUUUUCUAAGAACAAGUGCCUAAAUCGCUAUAAUAAUGUUGAAUAACCGUCGCAACUUUGUGUUUAGAGUGAGUAUCGUGAUCAACAUCGUCGUACUAUUGUACGCUGCGAUGCAUCUGUCCAGUAGCAGUACACCAGGCGUUGAAUGGGUACCGAUGACUGUUGACGGAUCCGAAAGGAGCGCUGAGUUUCGCUUUUCAAACAGGGACGACAUGCGCAAUUAUACAGACACGAGACCGCCGGACUCUAGCGUCCGGAUAUUGGAAGAGUCUACCUCACAAAAGACGCCGUCCACAAUGCCAACAACAAACAAAACCGCUUCGAGCACCGCUUCGUUGCCGGAUUUAGAAAAGAAGUUAACCGGUGAGGCUGAGACUCCGAACGUAACAGUGCUAGAUAUAGAUGACGAGGACGCCUUAAAUCCGGCUACUCUUGCGUAUCUUCGGACGUUAUUACAGUGCAACGACAAGGAUAUGCCCGCGCAAACUAUACAACGUGGUGAAUAUUGGGUGCUUAAGAAUUUCGUGCGCGCCGACCACGGUUUCAUACAGUGUCAUGAAUCAAUAACUUAUACAACUCACGCUGGUUUCGAGUUCCUUGACAACGUCCAGCCACUUGUUGAGAGAUGGAUGGCCCCAGUGAGUCUGGCUAUUCACGCGCCUGGAGCCGACAUGGGUCCGACAGUGAACAGCAUCAGAUACUUGCGCGACUGCUUAGGGAACGACCUCAUCAAGCAGUUCGUCACUUUCCACGUGUUCUUCUCGCACAAGCACGUACCAAGCAGUAUACCAAACCCGGAUACAUUCCUCCAAACACCAUACAACUGCACCGUCAAACCACCUUACGACGUAAACGCAAACUCAACGUAUAUGAAAGCGAAGAGUCUCCUGUACCCAGUGAAUGUCGCUCGAAAUGUAGCUAGAGAAGCAGCGGUCACUCAUUUCAUACUGCCAUCCGAUAUAGAGCUAUAUCCUAGUCCUAAUUUAGUACCGAGGUUCCUAAACAUGAUUGCCAGAAAUAGUAAACCAUUGAGCACCUCUUCUAAGCCUAGAGUCUUCCCAAUAAGCAUAUUUGAAGUCGGUGCCAAAGUACAAGUGCCAUCAACGAAGGCGGAGCUACAAGCUAUGCUGAAAAACAAAACUGCUAUACCGUUCCACAAGUUCGUGUGCCCCAACUGUCACAAUAUCCCUCAGGGACAGCAGUGGAUAAACUCCUCAGAAACUAACCAAAUGGACGUGUUUCAUGUUGGCAAGCGACGUGGGAAGUUCGUGCAUUGGGAGCCUAUCUUCAUUGGAACCCAUCAAGAUCCCUACUAUGACGAGCGGCUCAGUUGGGAGGGCAAAAAGGAUAAGAUGACUCAGGGAUAUAUCCUGUGCGUCAAGGACUACGACUUUAUGAUAUUGAACAACGCGUUCCUAAUCCACAAACCUGGCAUCAAACACUACGUCAAGAAUGCCAAGAGGGACACUCUCGCCAGUAGGCAGUCAUUAUAUAUAAAGAACAUUAUAAUGCCCCAGCUUAAAACUCUUUUCGGUACAAGGAACGGUUGCGCGCUUUGAUUAAAAAAAAUUGUACACAUUCGACCAACUUAAGGAGUUACAGAACAGAUGCAGUUAUUACUUGCACCUAUACUGACCCCGGCGCGUUAUAUUUAUCAAACGUGGCAUCGUAACCUUUUUGUACAGUUAAUAUUGACUAUACAUUUUUAUCUGAUUCAUGCUUGGGACACUUGUAAUGCACCAGAGUCCAAUUAGCGCACAGUUAGUUUAAGACUGGCUUAAAUAUUUGUAAAUGGAGGCUGUUGGCAGCACUGAGCCAUAAACAAUGUUGCCUGGCUAAAAUACUCUAAAAGAACGAUGAUACCAGCGGAAUGGAAUGGAAUAGACCAAUCAGAUUAUUGACUGAUGAAGUGAUAAAAACAGUGUUGCCAACAUCUUUGUAACAGGGUGUGUACAUCCGCCUGAUUUUUAUAGAACUUUACAUGAUGUCAUCGUAGGGCCCACAAAUCUUAAAUACAAUUUAACUUUUCUUAAGUGAAAAAGUAUUUUGUAACUUAUUGAGGAGGAUAUGAGGUCUUUAAAAAGGCGUUAUUGUUAUAAAUCAAGCACGUGGGCAAAUAAACGAGUGCCCAAUAAUACUUAUUUAGAGUAUGAUUUGAGUUAUCUAACUCUACAAAAUGUUGAUGUAACAUAAGGUUUGAGGAGGCUCUUCGAUGAUAAAUCGACGACUCGGAACGAUACAUAUCAUAUUAUAAACUAUUUUACUCGUAUUUAAAAUUAUUAUUGUAGACAAUAAUAUUCAGUGAUCACUCGAAUCCGUGUCAAUAUCUGCCGGUUUCUCAAAAUGUUAAAUUGGAAGUUUAGAAAAAAACAUUCUGAACUUUGUUGUAUCAUUAUAUGAGAUGAUUUUACCAAAAUUAACAGUUUAAAUUAAGUUAGUUACGAUUUUGGUGCAAUGAAACCUAACAGUAACGGAAUUUUAAUCAUGCUUUUGGAAACCGGCGGUUAGACUUUUAAAGCUAAAAACGCAGUGCCUGUAAGUUGAUAAUAUUGAUAAUUGUAUUUUUUAACUCAAUAUUGUUAAUACCAACUAAAUCUAAUGAAAAGAUGGUAAAACCGAAUUUUCUAUUCCUAAACCGCUCUUCCUUCACGGGGCCUAACUUUAACAGUACAACAAAAUCGAUUGGAUUUUGUUUUUCUAAGUUUCUUGAAUGUAAAUAAUAGUAUGAUAUUUCUUGCUUUCAUUUAUAUAUAAAUGAUACAAUUAUAUCCAAUUAAUAUACUUCUUGCAAGAAAAAUAAUUUGAAUUUGUUUUUUAAGUAAGUAUUUUUGUAAAGCAUCUUAAUUUGACUCAAUAUUGAAAAAGUCAGUCUAACAUAUUUUAUUUUUUAAAUCGUAAGCUUCUAUCUUAUGCUUCCUCUACAUAUUGGGCCAAAAAAUGCUAUUACAUGCCAGAAUAUAAUUGGAGGAAUGCAGCAUUAUCUUGCUUGCCGCUUCACUGGCCGUUAGUUUUUUCCUAAACUUGGUUCUACCGACAUAUAGAUGAAGCAUGAAGUUGACAUAAUUAUUAAUGUUAUAGUAUAAUUGUAUAAUUAUUUUAGAUAAUUUUUAAAUAUAAAGGAUUCCUGAUAUGCAUUUUAAUUUAAUUUACAUUUAAAACAGUGUGAACUAGUUAUUAGGGAAGUACCUAACUGUGAACCUAAACUAUUUUUAGAAUACAAUUAUAUGGUUCUCAAAAGUAAAAUAUAAAUAAAGCCAUUAGCCAUGCUAACAUACUAUAACACAGUCAAUCCCGACUGCAACACGAGCAUAAGACUUUUUUAAUGGUAUAUUAAAAAAGUAUAAGACUUUUUUAAUGGUACAUUAAAAAAGUCUUAUACUUAUACUAUAUCAGAACUUUUACUAUUAUCAAAAUACUUAUUUGGAAGCUCUAAGUAGCUCUUGCAACGAUAAUCAGUCGGGAUGCAACUAAACUCAACAUUUGUAUGCAGCAAAAUUUGUAACAUGUAACCCUAUACAUAUAAUGUAGCGUGUAGCCAACUUUGAUAUGGAUGUUCAAAGUUUAUAUACAGCCUGAAAUGCUAGUUUUUAGUAUUAAGUCGACGGGCCUUACGGUUACUGGUGAUGAUUAUAAUAAUGCUUAGUGAUAAAACUCACCACGUUCGGAUUAGUUUAAGGUUUAGUUUUAGUUUAGGUAUCAAUUUCUUAUAUAAUUUCAAUAUAUAUAUUCAACAUUUUGACGGCCGAUUAGCGCAGUGGACUGCUUUCUGA